AUGGACCGUAGUUGGAUGAGAGCUAAUCGAUUAAGUACUGAGUACAGACAUGGAGUGAUGGAAUUUCUACAGUUUGCGGAAAGUAAUGCUGAACUAGAACGUCCUCCUCCUGAAUUUCCUCCACUUUUUCUAUGUCCGUGUAUAAAUUGUGCAAAUAAAGAACCAAAACGUACUAAGAAAGAAAUCAUGAAUCAUCUAAUUUGUGACGGGAUUUGUCAAAAUUAUACACAAUGGAUAUGGCACGGUGAAGUAGUUGCAACGCCAAGUGUGUCCCAUAGAGAAAGUGGUAGUGUGGAUAUCGAUGAUCGACUGGAAGACAUGAUGCGUGAUAUUGGAGAAGAUUCGUUUAAGAGGGCGCAUGUGUAUGAAACUUUAUGCAGUGACAAGGAUGAACCAUUGUAUCCGGGAUGCACAAAUUUUACCCGUUUGUCUGCGGUGUUAAAAUUGUUUAAUUUGAAAGCAAAAAAUGGGUGGACCGACAAAAGUUUCACUGAAUUGCUUGAAUUGUUGAUACAAAUGCUUCCAGAAGGUAAUGUAAUGCCAAAUCGUUAUUACGAGGCGAAAAAAGUAUUGUGUCCAAUGGGUUUGGAGUAUGAAAAGAUACAUGCAUGCCCUAAUGAUUGUAUAUUAUACCGAAAAGAGUUUGUAAACUAUAAUCAUUGUCCGACAUGUAAGGCGUCUCGCUACAAAAAGAAAGAUGGUGAUUCUAGUGAUGAUGAGGUGACCAAAACGGGUCCUCCCGCGAAAGUCGUAUGGUACCUACCAAUAAUUUCAAGGUUCAAGAGAUUGUUUGCUAAUGCAAAUGACGCAAAGAAUCUUAGAUGGCAUGCAGAAGAGAGAAAAUGUGAUGGCCAAAUUCGCCAUGUAGCUGAUUCUUUGCAAUGGAAGAAAAUUGACUCUUUGUUUCCAAAUUUUGGCAAAGAGUCGAGAAACCUUAGACUUGGACUUGCUACUGAUGGAAUGAAUCCGUUUGGUAAUCAAAGUACUAACCAUAGUUUAUGUCUUGACUGCUGCUACUGCGCUAAAACCGCGCUAAAACUGCGCUAA